AUGUCGAGAUUUUUCCGUGGUGGGUCAGAAUCGGAAACUGACGAUGAAAUUAUUUCAUCAAAUGAAGAAUCAACAGAAGAUGAAAUUUCUGAAGAAAUAUCAGAAGAUGAAACAACAGCAAAACCUGUUUCAGGCGCUGCUGCUAAAAGUAGAUUUCUUAAAGAUGUAUCUGAUUCCGAAGAAUCUGAUUCAGAUGAGAAAAGGGAAGUUAAAUCUGCUAAAGAUAAAAAAUUAGAUGCCCUUGGAUUAUCUGUUAAAACUAUUGAAAAUGCUAAAAAGAUUAAUGAAUGGGUUGCUAUUCAAAAUGAGUUCGAAAAAUUAAAUAAAAUUGUUAGUAAACCUUUGGGAACAUUUGGAAUUCCUCCUCAAGCUAAAGCUUUAAAUUCCAUGAAAAAUAAAAUUAAAAAAAUUAUUCGUCAAUUUGAAGAGGAAGUUAACAAAUGGAGACAGUCAUUGACAAAAAAGAAUAACGAGUUAUAUGCUAAUGAAAUUCAUGAUGAAGAAGGAUUUGAACAAGUUGGAAAGGGAAAUAAACCUAUUGAGUAUACUUCUGAAAAUUUAUUCAAAAAAUUAAGAGAAAUUAUGGAAGCAAGAGGAAAAAAGAAUACGGAUCGUUUGGAACAAAUAAAGAUUCUCCAAAAACUCUUAAGUGUGGCCGCAACACCUUAUCAAAAAAUUCGAGUUCUUCUUGCUUUGAUACCUGCUCAAUUUGAUUAUAAUCCUAGUAUGAGCAAUUAUAUGAAUGUUGAUAUGUGGAAAAGCACACAAGAGGAAAUUAACCAACUAUUAACAAUUUUGGAGACGAACACUCAAUUCAUAAUUCGUGAAUAUGUGGAAGAAGAGGUCGAAGAUAAGGAACCGGUUAUAGAGCCAGGUCAAACAUUUGCCAUACGUGGUUCUAUUGUUUCCUUCAUUGAUCGUUUGGAUGAUGAAUUCAUAAAGUCUUUACAAAAUAUCGAUCCACAUACUACUGAUUAUGUGGAUAGAUUGAAAGACGAAACUGAAUUAUAUGCAUCAAUCUUAAGAGGACAAAUUCAUUUCGAGAAGAACGAACUGAAUGAGAGUACAAGUAGAGUAGUAAUGAGAAGAUUGGAACACUUAUAUUAUAAACCCGAUCAAGUUAUACAGACCGUUGAAAAUACAGUCAAUCAAUUAUACCCUUCGGGUCUUAUAUCUUCGAUAACACCACCAGAAAUAACGCAAGAUUCAUUGGUUCUUAUUCGGGCUCUUUGUGUUUAUCUUUAUAAGAAUGGAGAAUCUUUACUUCGUACACGUGCAAUGCUUUGUCACAUUUACCAUCAUGCGUUGCACAAUCGAUUUUAUACCGCACGUGAUAUGCUUCUAAUGUCACAUUUGCAAGAUAAUAUUCAACUUAGUGAUGUUGGUACCCAAAUACUACAUAACCGCACUAUGGUACAAGUUGGACUUUGUGCUUUUCGUGAGGGUAUGAUUAAAGAAGCUCAAAGUUGUUUACAAGAAAUAUGUGGAACUGGACGUGUGAAAGAAUUAUUGGCCCAAGGUUUACAAAUUCAAAAAUACUCUCAACUUCCACCAGAACAAGAAAAGUUGGAUCGUCAACGUCAAUUGCCAUUCCAUAUGCAUAUCAAUUUAGAGUUACUUGAGUGUGCCUAUUUAACCUGUUCUAUGUUAUUGGAAAUACCUGCCAUGGCAGCCGCUGGAUCAAAUCCUGAGGCUCGUAAAAAAGUAAUUAGUAAACCAUUUAGAAGGAUGUUGGAUUAUAAUGAAAGACAAGUAUUUAGUGGACCACCUGAAAACACAAGGGAUCACAUUAUGGGAGCGGCUAAAGCGCUUGCAGCCGGUGAAUGGCAAAAAUGUCAAGAACUUAUUAGCGCAAUAAAAAUUUGGGAUUUGAUGCCUGAAACACAGAAAAUUAAGGAUAUGUUAAAUAGAAAAAUUCAAGAAGAAGGUCUUCGAACUUAUCUAUUUACUUAUUCUUCUUAUUAUACAACAUUUGGACUUGAGCAAUUGUCCACAAUGUUUUCGUUACCAUUAAAUACAGUUACAUCUAUUGUUUCAAAAAUGAUCUGGAAUGAAGAAUUAGCAGCUUCAUUAGAUCAAAUUAAUAAUGUUGUUGUAUUACAUCGCGUUGAACCUACCAAAGUUCAACAAUUAUCUUUAAUGUUUGCUGAAAAAGCCUUUUCAUUUGUUGAGGCUAACGAGAGAACUUUGGAGCAAAAACAACUUUCCGGACAAAAUCAAAGAGAUCAGCAAAGGCAAAAAGGUCAAGCAAAUCAACAGCAAAAUACUGAAAAAAGAACCAUGUAUCAAAAAAGAGAUGGGCAGCAACAAAGAGGUCGAAAUAAUUUUAAUAGUGUGUUGGGUAAUAGUGUACGUGGAAGAGCACAACAAAACCGUUAUCGAUCAUAA